AUGAGAUAUUCGGCCCUUGUCAACGGAUCUUCUCCGGGUCCGGAACUACGGCUCAAGGAAGGACAAGUGAGUUGGAUCCGUGUUUACAAUGAUAUGGAGCACGAGAAUGCAACAAUUCACUGGCAUGGUUUGACUGCGUUCACAGCUCCAUUCUCCGACGGAACUCCAGCGGCUAGCCAGUGGCCUAUUCCAGCUGGUCAUUUCUUUGAUUAUGAGGUCAAGCCCGAACUGGGUUCUGCAGGGACUUACUUUUACCAUUCUCAUAUUGGCUUUCAAGCCGUCACUGCGAAUGGCCCACUUGUCGUGGAUUCAAAGCACCCACCGCCUUUCAACUACGACGAGGAGCGUACCAUUAUGCUUUCUGACUUCUUCAAUGAGACCGAUAAGCAAAUUACCGACGGCCUGACUUCAAAUAACUUCACAUGGAGCGGAGAGACCGGUGCUAUUCUUGUGAAUGGAAAAAGUCGCCAAGCAACCAAUAGCACCGGCUCAUGUGAAUUGGCUUCUAUCUCUAUUGAACCCGGCUUAUCAUAUCGGCUGAGAUUCAUCGGGGCUACUGCUUUAUCAUUUGUUUCGCUUGCAAUUGAAAGUCACAACGUCUCUAUUAUCGAAGCAGAUGGUCACUUUACCAAACCUCUCGAGACGGAUUUUUUACAAAUUGGAAGUGGCCAGAGAUACAGCGUGCUUCUGGCUGCAAAGUCGGAGACUGAGUUAAAAAAGGCGAGAACACGACAAUUCUACAUCCAACUCUCAACACUAGCUAGACCGGAGACUUUAACAAAUUUCGCAGUGUUAAAUUAUUUGGGCGGGGAGGCUCCAGAUCUUAGGACCGUGCCUUCGCCAGCACCCCUUCCCGAAGCGAAGACUAUCCAAGGCUGGCUCGAUUAUGAACUAGAGCCUCUGCAAUCAGACGAUGGGUUUCCGAAACUGGAGGAAGUAACCCGCAGAAUUAUUAUCGACGUUCACCAGAACGUGAGUGACCACGUCAUAUGGCUGCAGAAUGGAUACGAUUGGGUCGAAAGCUUCCGGCAAUCCCCAUACCUUGUCGACAUUUAUAACGGAAUGUUACAGACAGGCCAGACCUAUCAACGUGCCAUUUCUCGCGGCGACGGAUUCGACAACAUUACCCGGACCUUCCCUGCCAAAAUAGGAGAAGUGUUGGAAAUUGUCUGGCAGAACGAAGGCACAUUCACGAAUGGGGGCGUAGAUGCCCACCCUUUCCAUGCUCAUGGCAGACAUUUUUAUGACAUCGGUGGAGGAGACGGACAAUAUAACGCCACCGAAAACGAAAGAAGACUAAAAUCCUCUCAGCCAAUCCAACGCGACACCGCAAUCCUAUACCGGUAUCGCGAGAAGACCAAACCUCUCACCCCAUCAGGCUGGCGAGCUUGGCGGAUACGAGUUACAGAUUCAGGUGUAUGGAUGUACCAUUGUCACAUUCUUCAACAUAUGGUUAUGGGCAUGCAAACUGUUUUUUUGUUUGGGGACUUGCAGGAUAUCAAGGCUCAGUCUGGAUCUGUCGAUGCUGGGUAUUUGACGUACGGCGGCUCAGCGUAUGGUAAUUCCACACAUUCGCCCAAUGUGCGACACUAUUUUAACUAG